AUGAGUGAAGGUUUUCUCAUCGGUUUCUAUCAAUUAUCUCCCUAUUGGCAUACGAAUGAUAUUAACUAUGCUGAACGACAGGCCUAUGUCAAUGCUACAUUAUUCUUUUUUACUGUACCACAACAUAAUCAAUCACUUAAACAUGUUGUCGGUUGGGAUAAUAAUGAUUAUCAAAUCGAUAUAUCGACUGAACGCGGUGUUGAAGAGUAUACACGCUUGAUCAAUCGAUGGGCACAACUUGAUAUAACAAGCAUUACUUUUGCACCAUCGAAUUCCAAUGUAUCACGACGUGAUCAGGGUACUGAUGAUUGGGGAUGGGAGAGUGUGUUGUGGAUGAGUUUAGGCGAAAAAAUUCGAUUAAAACAAUGGAAACCUUAUCAUGAUUCGAUACCACCAACAGUUCAAUAUCUAUUAGAUUAUGCGGCAACGAAACAAGUCAAAUUAGUAUCAUAUGUUUAUCCAACCUUAGGUUACCGUCUCAAUGGACAAGAUCAAGCAUGGUUGAUUGAAAACCCACAUUGUCGAAAUUUGUGUGCGUCUUUGGCUAGUGUAGAAUUUCAACAUUAUUUUCUUCAAUUAUUGAUUGAUUUUGCGCAAGUUACAGAUAUUGGUGGCUAUGCUUGGGACUAUAAUUAUUUCUUUGAUACAAAUCAUACAAUCUAUUCAAAAUGGCGUAGUUGGCAAUGGAUCCUUAUUCAAUUACUUUUAGCUCUACCUCAUCUAAUCAUGGAUCAUCGUUAUGGAUCCCAAUAUGAUGGACCAUGGUCUUGGAUAACUUUGAAUGGUUAUACAUCGGCUCUACUCGCCGAUGAAAAUCCCGAGACAUAUCCGAUUCGUUAUCCCUCUUUACAUACUGACAAAAUUGCAGCAAAUUUCAUGCUUCCAGGUAAUCGUGAAUUACGUUUAGAACAUUUUGCAUCAAUGGAUAGUAUUCCAGGUUUUAUUGGACAUCAAUCGGAACGUUUUUCAGUUUAUGGUGGUUUGCCAUGA